CCUGAAGGUAAACAAAUGGACCAAGCGGCGGUUUGCGCUAAAAACAUGAAAAAUGUGAUCGAAACGCGCGGAUUAAAGCGAGUAAAAUGCCCGGACAGAAGAGAAGAUAUAACGUACGGUUCCCUCCUAGUCGCAUUAAAAAGAUCAUGCAGAAGGACGCAGAGGUUGGCAGGAUCGCGAUGGCGGUGCCUGUGAUCAUCUCUCGAGCGCUGGAAAUGUUCCUGAAGUGUCUGCUGACCAAAACCUGUCUGAUAACUCAGUCGAAGCUCAGCACCGUCGUAUCCGUCGCUCAUAUGAAGCAGUGCAUAGAGUCAGAGAAGCUCUUCGACUUCCUGAAAGACCUGGUGGAGCGAGCCACGUCUACGGCAGGCCAGAAGGACAACAGAGGCAUGAGCAUGUGGCCGUUAUACAGGACCAGACGGCACGACUUUUCUGUUAAAAAACCAGCUGAAGUGGUAGAAAUGGCGCCACGAUCGAGCCUCGACUCACUGGACAACGACUCCACCUCCAGCGAGUCGGAGCUCUUCAUCUGCUUCUGACUGUGAAUGUUCGACCGGAGGAAAGAAGUUACGGCUGCACGUCGUUUCGUCAUUUCAUUUUUGUUUAAAAGUUUGUUUUAUUUAAACUUUGCUGGUCCGGGUCAACACUUCAGAGGGGAUUUAAGAUGGAAAGAAAGUUGCUUUGGGAAAGAACAAAUAUUUAAGUUAUAUGUUUUAUACCUUUGCCGCCAAUAUACUUUUGGAUUUCUGUUUUUUUCUUUGGAAAAAAGAAAAGGGCGUUUUGUGGUGAAGCCCUUUGCCUUUUUGUUUGUAACAGACGUGUUCAGAUGACAAGAACUUGAUUCUCUGUGUAAGUUCUAAUGAACUUAAAUGAUCAAAUAUAAAUUGCUUCAGACUUUUAAAUUCUAAACAUUUUUUGUUUGCUUUAAUCUUUUGUUUUGUAAUUGAAUGAAAAAUAAAUGUUAUGCUCUGGUUGAAUUGUCACAGUGUAGAUGGUAAGAUUAUACGUCUCUGUGGUUCAAAUCCCAGUUUUUCAAACCAUUUUAGACGGUGCACCGACCAGUAAGAGCAAAGUAAGUGUUUACUUUGCUGAAUAGUGACGUUGGCGCUUACUGUUUUGAGCAUUUAAUUUUUUAAAGCACUUGUAAAUCAGUGUUUUAAAGAGUUUCACCAUUACAUAUGAAAUGUGAUCAAACUGUAAAUAAAUAAGUUCAUUUCAACUUCUUAGCUUGACAAAUUUAAUACGAAGAUGUUGAAAAAUGUGCUCACAUAAAUAAAAACAA